AGCAUCAGCAUCAGCAUCGGUAGUAGCACAUCAGCAACAUAAACAGCGACAACGGGUAUAAAAAAGUGGUGUGCAAAACGAUCCACUUGUAGCUGACAUCUGGCGGGAAAACCCCCCUCACACUAUCACUUACAUCGCACACACAAAACAUAAUCUCCAUUUAUAUCCGGCAAAAAUGGCCAAGCCAGAGCAAGCCACAGGUCACAAGCUUCAGCAACUAUCAGGGUUUGGCACGAGCUCACCAUUCUCACAGCCACCGAAGAGCGUGCAUUCAUCGAAUAAUUCAGCAGCCAGCUCUCCUACUGCAUCUAACGGUGCGCAAAUGUCAUCGUUGACGACCGUGACGGGCAGAAACAUUUCACACGAGCGGCUCCCCGGGCCAUCAUCGUUUAUCGCCGCCGCCCGCCCACACAACAACAGCAACAGCAACAGCAACAGCAACAACAAUAGCAACAGCAACAACAGUAGCAGUAGCAAUAGGAUGGCUGGGCCCGCGUAUAAUGGUACCCCGGGCGGUGGUUCGCGGAGGGCCUCAGGGAUGCCGCCAGAGAAGACGCCAGUUGGGCGGUCGGGCGUGUUUGGCGACUACGGUGGCGGCGACCAGUUUCACCGGCGCCACUCCGUGGACAUGGGCGUGUCUCAGCAUAGCGUGCCGCGGCCUCGGUUUCAGCAACAUAUGCCGCAGCCCCUACAGUAUAGCCAGCACCAGCUGCAGUAUCAGCACCAGCCACUACACCAGCAAUCCUUGCAGUAUCAACACCAACCACAGCAGCCGCGCAGCACAUGUUAUUUCGCCUCCCACCCGGUACGGUAGCAGGGCAGAGGCAGCGUCGCCGCAUCCGCUAUCAUUCAACCAGACAGCCGGCAACCUGUCACCCACAGGCUCAGGCGAAUCAGGAACAAUGGACAGCGAAACCCACUCAAUACAAACUCGAGUCCCGGAGUCC